AUGACAAUACUGAGUAUUGUCAUCUUCCUAUUAAUUAAUGUUUCCUCUGACCCUAUAUCGAAUUUCUCUAAACCAGCAACUCCUCCAAAAUAUUUUGCAAUAGAUAUUGAUGGUACAUUCCAUAUAAAAGAUGAAUCAAAAUUCAAGAAAAACGUCGAAGCAUUCAAACGACUCAAACAAAAGAAUACAACUCCCUUUUUCUGUACAGGACGACAUCUGCAAUGUGCUAAGAAACUACUGGGAGAAGGCUUUUUUACUGAGACUGGAUAUAACGGCUAUCCUGGUGUAUAUCUAAACGGGGCAUUAGUUUAUGAUACAAAUGGAAAAGCGUUCGUAGACAAGUUUACACCACAGUUCAUUGAUGAGUUCGUUAAUUAUGUCGAACAAAAUAAUCUUAACGAUAAAGUGUUUUAUUACAGUCCUGAAGGUACCUUUUCGUUGAAAGAAUUAUAUAAAGAUGGAUUACAGGCAAUCGAAAAUAAUUUCAUAACAACUCCGGUAGUUUUAAGUCUUUCUGAUUUAAAAUCGAAGGAUAUAAUAGGAAUAACAAUAUUCAAAACUGGAUUGGGUGGUUGUAUCUCAAUGAGUGGUGUACAUUCUAUCGAAUAUACACAACAUGACAUAACGCAUAUAACAUCUCUUAAAUGUGACAAAAAAAUUGGACUCGAAAAGUUAUUAAAAGAUCUAGGCUCAAACGAAACUGAAUGUGCUUACAUAGGUGAUGAUGUCAAAGAUGUCGAGGCUAUGGAAUACUGUUCAAUGUCGUUUGCUGUAGCAGACGCACAGGAGGAAGCUAAAAAUAAGGCUAAGUGGACUUUAGACUUAAAGCAUGAUGAGUGUGCUUUUGAGAAAGUAGUAAAUCUUUUGUUGGAUUAA